GUGGGUGUCUGGAGCCUCUCCAGGCAUCCGAACUACUUUGGUGAAAUUUUUCAGUGGUGGUGCGCCUUUGCGCUGGCAUACAACAGCUCAGAAGCUGCCUCUGGCUACAUGGAUCCUCUCUGGUGGGCUUGCAUCCUGUCCCCGUUGUUCACGAUGCACAUACUCUUGAAUAUUGGUGCAACUGGUAUCUCCAAUGCGGAGGGUAAGAAUCUCAAGCGCUACUACGAGAAGUGCCCCGAAGAGUAUGCGGAGUAUCGGAAGAACACCUCCAUUCUCAUUCCGAUGGUGGGCUACAGACACAUUCCGCUGAGCGUGAAGAGGGCGCUGCUUUUCGAGUUCGAGCGCUAUGAGUAUCGCCCUGGAGGAGGGUCUGAGGUCAAGAAAGACUGA